AUGAAGGCAUGGGCCAUGCGAAAUAACAUUCGCUUUAACUCAUCAAAAUGCAAAGUCCUCUCAGUAACUCGCAAAAAAAGCCCAAUUAUCUACGGCUACAAACUCAAUCAUGUACAACUUGAGCGGGUCACAAGUGAGAAGGAUGUCGGAGUUAUUGUGACUAGCUCCCUUUCAUGGGAUUCACAUGUCCAUACCAUCAUCGCAAAAGCCAACAAGCUACUUGGGCUUCUAAAGCGUACAUGCCCUUUUCUGACCAAUGUUUCAGUCAGGCUGUCCCUCUAUCUGGCUUUGGUAAAGUCACAACUGUGCUAUGCAACGCAAGUGUGGUCCCCAGCCCAAUUCAAUCUCAAAAGUCAGCUUGAAAGAGUACAAAGACGUGCAACAAGAUGGAUUCUAGGCACCAGAAUUGGGGAAAUGAGCUACCGAGACCGGCUUAUCAAGCUGAAUUUGCUCCCUCUCGCCUACGACCGCGAACUUAAGGACCUUGUCUUUCUUUACAAAUGUCUGAAUAACUACACGGAUCUAAACAUCCUUAACUUUGUUUCUUUUAUUUCCCACGGCCGCACCAGACGAAGUAAUUCCUUCAAUCUCACAACACCUUCAUGUAAAACAAGUACCUUUCAGGCCUCCUAUUUCAACCGAACUGUUAAACUCUGGAACUACGUCUGUACCUUAUCACCCCCGUCCAAGUUUUCUAACCCGACCGCCUUUCAAACUUUUGUAGCAAAACACAUGUUCUCUCUUGUCCGUUCAGUUUUUGAUGUUAAUAGUCCGUGCACGUGGUCAAUUGUUAGGUCGUGUCCCUGUCAUUGA